AUGAAAACCCUAGUAAUAUGGUGCCUUGUUUCGCAAGCAAUCAGUCUAACCGUAAACUCAGCUGACAAAGGAGACGUUGAUUUUUCCAUACUCAUAAAAAACGAAAUGCAAAAUUCCAAAAACCCCGCGGUUUUCUACCAUUGCCGAUCGUCAGAGAAAGACAUCGGAUGGCACAAAUCGGUUCCCUCGUCCGAGUUUCAUUGGAACUUCGAAGUUCCUCAGUUUGGUAACGGCGUGAUGAUCCACAACUGUGAGUUCCGGUCUAGCCUAGGAACAGCUAACAUUGAGAUCAAGACUUUGUCUACAACGGCGAUUCUAUGCGACGGGCAAAUAUGUAAAUACGCGGUUAGGCCUAAUGGGAUUUAUUUCAUUGGUUAUGAGUUGUAUUCUCCGUUUGGAAGGUUUUUUGAAUUGUCGAGACCCGUCGAGAAGCUAGUUGAGCCCUGGAAGCCUUGGUCACCGCAUCAAUUGAAAGCUUUGCGCCAUAGAAAUUAA